AUGAGCACCUGUGACCACGUGAGCACCUGUGACCACAUGAGCACCUGUGACCACAUGAGCACCUGUGACCACAUGAGCACCUGUGACCACAUGAGCACCUGUGACCACGUGAGCACCUGUGACCACGUGAGCACCUGUGACCACAUGAGCACCUGUGACCACAUGAGCACCUGUGACCACAUGAGCACCUGUGACCACAUGAGCACCUGCGACCACAUGAGCACCUGUGACCACGUGAGCACCUGUGACCACAUGAGCACCUGUGACCACAUGAGCACCUGUGACCACAUGAGCACCUGUGACCACAUGAGCACCUGUGACCACAUGAGCACCUGUGACUACUUGAGCUUGUACAACUAA